AUGUUUCAACGCCCGUCCUGUUUCCAGGGCCGGCGGCAGCGCAAUGGCGCUGGCGAAGAUUGGUCUGCCUUUCCAGUCCGGCAAUUGUUUGUUUUAGCGCUCUGCCGCAUCUGUGAGCCAAUUGCUUUCAUGUCGAUAUUUCCCUACGUCUAUCACAUGGUCGAGUCAUUCCAUGUGACAGACAAUGACCGUAAGAUCGCGCUGUACGCCGGAAUGAUCACUUCGUCAUUCACCUUUGCCGAGUUCUCGGCGGGCAUGUUCUGGGGUCGCAUGAGUGACAGAAUCGGACGCAAGCCCGUGCUCAUCAUGGGCCUGGUGGGAACAGCCAUUAGCAUGGUUGUGUUUGGGUUUGCGCCCAACCUGGCCACGGCGAUGAUUGCGCGCGCGCUGGGCGGCCUGUUGAACGGCAACAUCGGCGUGCUGCAAACCACCGUCGCGGAGAUCGUGACUGUCAAGGAGCACCAGCCGCGGGCGUACUCAAUCAUGCCGUUUGUGUGGUGCUUGGGCUCGAUUAUUGGGCCGGCGAUGGGCGGCGCUUUGGCCCAGCCCUGCGACAACUACCCGUGGCUAUUCCAGCGCAACACUCUGCUGGACCGCUUCCCGUUUCUGCUGCCCAACCUCGUCUGCAUCGUCGUGCUGGUUUGUGGCAUUGUCGUCGGUUUCUUGUUCCUUGAGGAAACUCACCCAGAGAAGAAACAUCGCCGGGACCCCGGUCUCGAGCUCGGCCACUGGUUGGUGAGUUUGUGCUGGGGUUCUCGCGUCCAGCUUCCCGACGAUUCCGACGUCCACGAGAAAUACUUCUAUGAUCAGCCGCCUGAAUAUGGAAGCGCCGAGUCGUCGCCUUGUUUACGCCCCGCAGAUGUCGGAUCCCCGGAUGCCGACCUGGAGGGGCAGAAGAGCGCCACGCCCAAGGCGUUCACGCGCCAAGUCAUCUUCAACAUCAUUGCUUACGGCAUUCUGGCAUACCAUAGCGUGUCGUUUGAUCAGCUGAUGCCCGUGUUCUUGAGCACCCCCAAAUCCGAGGACCCGGCCGUGCUGCCGCUCAAGUUCACUGGCGGCUUGGGGCUGGCAACCAAGACUAUCGGGUUCAUGCUGGCCGUUCAGGGAGUGUAUUCCAUGAUCGCCCAGCUCUGGCUCUUCCCGUUUGUCGUCAAGCAUUUCGGCACGCUCCGCACUUUCCGCUUCGUCCUACUGGUCUGGCCGCCGCUGUAUUUGCUGGUGCCCUACCUCAUUCUUCUGCCGGCUAAACUCCAGACGCUGGCCGUGUAUGUUGCUCUGAUCAGCAAAAUCACCUUCCAUGUCAUCGCCUUCCCCGCCACGGCCAUCCUGCUGGCCAACGCCGCCCCCUCGUCCAAGGUGCUGGGUUCCAUCAAUGGCGCUGCUGCGUCUACCGCGAGCCUCAGCCGUGCCUUUGGUCCGACUAUCACGGGCCUGCUGCACUCCAAGGGGCUUGAGAGCGGGUAUUCCGUGCUUGCCUGGUGGGCCUGUGGUCUUGUCUGUGUGAUCGGGGCUAUCGAGAGUUUCUGGAUGGAGGAGUCGUCCGAGCCUGAGCGAUUUCAAAAGACGAAGCCUGAAAUCAACGAGUCCGAGAUCAAGUGUGAGGUGCUUUCUGACCAGUUUGCUCCUCAAGACACCGCCAUCUCUCCCCUGAAGAGGAGGAGCGACUCCUCUCUCUGCGCUCCAGCAUUGACCACGACUAUUCUAUCUCGCACUUGGACUUGA